GAGGCGCUGAGAAGCGGAAGUGGGGACGGGCUGGGGCCUGCACUUCGGCUCCUCUAGGCCUUUGGUGACCCAGUCGCGUCAGUUCCAGCCCCCGCCCGGCGGUCGGUGCUGACGUGGCUCCCGGAAGUGAGGCUAACCUGGACCGCCAUGUUGCAGCAGGACAGUAAUGAUGACAGUGAAGAUGUUGCACUAUUUGAUGCAGAAGAGGAAACAACUAAUCGACCCCCAAAAUCCAAAAUCAGACAUCCAGUGGCAUCAUUUUUCCAUUUAUUCUUUCGAGUCAGUGCAAUUGUAGUCUAUCUUCUCUGUGAAUUGUUCAGCAGCAGCUUUAUUGCCUGUAUGGUGACAAUUAUCUUGUUAUUGUCAUGUGACUUUUGGGCAGUCAAGAAUGUCACAGGUAGACUAAUGGUUGGCCUGCGUUGGUGGAAUCAUAUUGAUGAAGAUGGAAAAAGCCAUUGGGUGUUUGAGUCCAGGAAGGCAUCUCCUCAAGAGAAUAAAACUGUUUCCGAGGCUGAAUCAAGAAUCUUUUGGUUAGGACUUAUUGCCUGUCCAGUGCUUUGGGUGAUAUUUGCCUUCAGCGCUCUCUUCUCCUUCAGACUGAAGUGGUUGGCUGUGGUUACCAUGGGUGUGGUGCUGCAAGGUGCCAACCUAUAUGGCUACAUCAGGUGCAAAGUGGGCAGCAGAAAGAAUUUAACCAGCAUGGCUACAUCUUACCUUGGAAAGCAGUUUUUAAGACAAAACACCGGAGAUGAUCAGACUUCCUGAAGAGGGAGAGGAGUCCCGUGUGUUCUGUUAUAUUGGGAACAACUGAAGAGAUUCUUCACUCUGAGCCUUUUAGAACUCAGUACAUGUAGCAGAGCGGAGUGUUGGGUUUGUUUUUCCAUUUGAAAAUUUACUUUAAGAAAAAAGGAAAAGUAGUUUUCAUUUUCUUGCUAGCUAGCAUUUGGGGCUAAAAAUAUGGUGUUGCUAGAAACAUUGUCAAAAUUUGGAUCAUGGUAUACAUAUGUGUGUGCACAGUCAUGUAAUAUCCAUGUACUGCAGUUUGACAAAAGUGUUUAUGUUCAUGUAUAUAUGUAAUGAAGACUUUUGCAUUUUGAUUCAUAGAAUGUAGAAGGUUGUUCUUAAUCUCAUUUCAAAAUUAUGUGUAUUUAAAUAUUUCUGUAGAUUAUUUUCAGAAGAAAGUUUUGCUUCCAUGGGAAGAGUGAGCACUUUGGCUAUGUAUAAGUUAGAAAUAAUUGUUAAUUUUAUGGUUUACUAUGUACUUCAUAAUGAAACUCUUAUCUUAGGCAUUCACAGGCAGAUAAAAACCAAAUUUGGAUCAGUGGCAUGAGCUAGUUUCUAAAAUUUUGUUUAUUUUUAUUGUAACAAGUCAUGUAUUUUCGGUCCGUUAAUAUAAAUGAGUUUUCAUGGUGUCUGUGUAAGGGAUACUUAGAGAUUGCUGUGUUCUAUUUAUUUUUGGAGAGGACAACCAGCUUUUGCUUUGGGACCUCCCGAAGAGCGUCAGUGGUCCUUGGCCUGACGAAACCUUUUACCAUGAAGAGAGCAUUAUUCUUACGUCAUAAUAAGAAUAAUUAUUUAAGUACUUGGCAUAGUAAAUGCCUAAAAGACAUUUUAUUUGAUGAAUCUUGAAUCUUUUUUUUUUUUUUUUUUUUGCUUUAGUGGGGAUAUUAUAAAUCAUGCAUUUGUGUUAAUGGUAUUUCAUAAAAAGCAGUAUGUGUCACAGUCUAGGAACUGUUACGGACACAUGUAAAUUCUCUUAUAGGUAUACUGUAGGUAACCUUUGUUGGAGUCUUAAUCAACAGACUAUUUUGUCAAUGUAUUUAUACAUUGUUAAAAUUUUUUAAAGAUGUUUUGUUUAAUUGAAUAUGUGUCUAUUGGAGUGAUAGCUUUGAAAGCGCAUAACUUUAUAUUUGUAUAAAACUCUAAUGUUUACAAA